UUCUCAAGUCCUAUUGUAAUUUUGUUCUUCUGGAAACGAACUAAGUAAUGCAACAAAGAAUGCUAUGCGGCUUUAUGUCAAGUAAAAUGAUUCUGUCGCACGGCGCCUUUCUCGUCGUUCGUCUUCCCACACCAUUUCUCCAUCCAUAAUUCCAUGAACAUAAGCGUCGCCCACCACUUUGAAGCAAACCGGAUGAGCUUCGUCGCAAAUCAUGAACUCAGCUCGCUUGGGAUUCUGGAUCCCAGAUUCCGUUUUGAGAUCGAUUUCAUCGGUGUCCGCCGCAAUCAGCUGCCGAACUGUUGUAUUUCUGCACCGCCUCAUAUCCGAAGAUGGCCUCAUGAUGAUGGGUACUCUGCUACCGACAAGGAUGAAAACGCCGUCACCCAGUUUCAUUGACCUGGGCCCAGUUCCUAUAUACCCUCUUUGGGUUCGGAAGAAUUUCCUUCCGCUGGAUGCGCAAUCCACCGCUAGCUGAAAAUCAUUCUUUCCCUGCUGGUGAUCAUCAUCCGCCCCUAUGCUCUCCUGCAGAGUGCCUCCUAUGAUUGACGUCCGUCGAUUGUUGGAGGGAUCAACCCUACGACGCCAGCUCCGAUAUGCUCGUAGUCCUUCGCUGCCUGCUCUGCGAAACUCGCCGCGAGUUUCCUCUACCGGCCCUCCUGUCUCGCCAGCAAAAUAUAAUGAGUCUGCACAGAUCGUACGCCAGAAGGCGUCUCCGAGAUCGCCGCUGUUCACAUACUCGUCGUUGUCCAUCCAGUUGAAGCUGCU